UUUGAAGCACGCUUUUGUCAUACCUUUGCUACUUUUUUCUGAAUUCGUUCGUAAUUUGCUAUAUUUACAGCUCUAAAAUCGGUUUCAUCGUCUGAACUGUUGUCUUGUGACAUUAUAGUUUGGUUAAAACUAGCAAAACAGGCCUGCUCCUCGCUCACAGAGCUGCUCCACACUUAUAUAGAAUUAUAAUGGCAGCUGAGGUCGCUCAACUGCUGCUCGCUGUAAUUCAAGGGAUUCCCGGUGGCGCAACAAACGAUGAUCUUUCCAAAGCAUUGUCUGAUAUGCCUGCUGCAACGCGGGUUGAGGGACUCAAUAUUCUAUUGCAACAGGGCGGCAUAGAAGUACUCAAGAAAGGAGAGAAAUUGAUAUAUCGCGCAAAGGAUCCUCAAAAGAAAAGUGCGCUACCCAAAGAUGCUGACAAUGAAGAGAAGAUUGUCUAUAGUAUCGUCGAAGAGGGCGGUAAUAAGGGCAUUUGGAUACGUGAUAUACGUAUCAAGUCCAAUUUGAAUAUGACACAAUUGAAUAAAAUCCUAAAGAAUUUGGAAAUUAAGAAGCUCAUCAAAGCCGUCAAAUCUGUGAAUGCCAGCAAAAAGAAAGUUUAUAUGCUAUACAACUUGGAGGCUGAUCGAUCGGUAACGGGUGGAGCUUGGUAUCAGGAUCAGGAUUUUGAAGUUGAGUUCGUGGAUGUGCUAAAUCAGCAAUGUCUGCGCUUUCUCCAGAUGAAACGGGAGGGAGCCGAAAAGAAGCGGGAUGGACCAUUGGCAUUUAAGCAAAUGUCCUGUUGCACUGUAAAGGAUGUGCACAAGUUCAUUUCGGACUUGGGUAUAAGCAAAGUCAAUCUGGAUGAGGAUGAUCUGGAGACUAUACUAAAAACAGUAGUCUAUGAUGGCAACGCAGAACGCGUUCUUCAAUCAGAUGGAUCGUAUGUUUAUCGUGCCGUAAAUUUACCUCUGCCGGCACCUGGUUUGGUUCAAAUGCCUUGUGGUAUCUGUCCAGUGAUCAAGAAUUGUUCCAAUUGUGGCGAUGUAACAGCUAUUAAUUGUCAGUAUAUGAACGAUUGGUUGGAAUAAAGAUAUAAGUACA